GCCUCCUGCAGUGCUCGAAUUAAUUCGCCAUGACGACAUUCACGCGAAUUAGCGAGGAAGACCAGCCCUCCAUUUCUACCUCUGCCGAACACACCAUCUCUGAAAUUGACCCGUUACUUUAUGGAGGGUUUGCAGAACAUAUGGGGCGUUGCAUUUAUGGCGGGAUUUACGAUCCCACCAACAAGAACGGUCUGAUCGAUGAGAACGGUUUCCGUACUGAUGUGAUUGAGUGCAUGAAAGAACUGAAGGUGCCAAUUAUGCGGUACCCCGGAGGGAACUUCACGGCCACAUAUCAUUGGCUCGACGGAGUGGGCCCAAGGGAUCAACGGCCGAAGCGUGUAGAAGCUGCCUGGAAAGGAGUGGAGACAAAUCACUUUGGCACAGAUGAGUUCAUGAAGUGGUGUGAAAUUAUCGGCGCACAGCCAUAUCUUGCGCUGAAUAUGGGAACUGGUACGCUUGAAGAAGCACUGGGUUGGCUGGAAUAUUGUAACCUUGACACUGACACAUAUUAUGCCAAUCUCCGAAGGCAGAAUGGGCGAGAGGAGCCGUACGGAGUAAAAUACUGGGCAUUAGGAAAUGAAGUCUGGGGUCCUUGGCAAGUUGAACAGGCUUCGAAAGAGGACUAUGCGAAGAAGGCGUAUCAAUGGGGCAAAGGCAAAUCCUUUCCUAUACCCCUUGUCUUGUGCGGAAAGGACGGACACAGCGAUUGGGACCGAUACGUCUUACAAGAAUGUCUCAAGGUCACCGAUCUACACAGUAUCCACAUAUACACUUUUGAUAUGGAACAUUAUCCUAAUGCCACUAGCCCUAAGGCUGCCGAGAGAGCUAUUGAGAUUGCAGCAUCCCUAAUCGACUUGGCGCGUACCGAAAUGGACUACGAAGACUUUCCAAAUUUUGUGACAAAACCGAAAACCUCUCACAGACCCAAGAUCUCUUUCGAUGAGUGGAAUAUUUGGAACCCGAUCCGGGCUCCAGGGAACAAGGGUGCGGAAGAGCUUUACGACGUUUCAGACAUGACAGCAGUGGCGUUGUGGCUCAAUGUGUUUGUACGACAGGCACGGCAUCUCAGCAUAGCCACGAUCGCGCAGAGCGUGAAUGUGAUCGCCCCGUUGAUGACAAAUGAGGAGGGUGUAAUCAAGCAGACCACCUACUGGCCUUUGCUGCUUUUCUCCACUUAUAUGCGCGGUCACAGUGUAGCAGUUCACGUCCGGAGUCCAGUUUACAGAGGGCGAACUACCCCAGAAUGGCUGGCGAGCACGAUGGAUAUUUCAUUGUUGGAUGUUUCAGCUUCUCUGAGCGACGAUAACUAUCUUAAUCUCGCUGUGGUGAAUGUCUCAGACUCCAAAUCGAUAGAGACAUCUCUGCCGGCGAUCGACGGUCCAGUGGAGGUUUUUUGUGUUGGUGGUAAUGACAAUGAUAUUCGGGAUACCAACACGUGGGGUUCACAAAAGGUGGGAGUCAAGGAGUCGACAUGGGAUGGUCAAGGGAAAUUUCUCUUCCAAAAACACAGUUUUACUCUGCUCCGAUGGAAGGUCAACCCUUCUCGGUCCAAGAUAGAAGAUUUCGAUACGCCUGUUGAGGGAAAAUCAGCUACCGUGCUAAAUGCCCUACAUGGGGCUUGAUAGGAGUAUUUAGAGAUUUGAAUGCCUUGC